GGGGAGCGCCGUCACAUGGGCGGGCGGCGGCGCUUCCGCGGCGGCCGGAAGGACGCGGCCGGGGACAGUCCCUGCCUGCCAUGCCCGGAGGAGCCGAUGGGGCCCGGGAGUCUCUCGCGGUCGUUGCUGCUGCGCUGCCGGCGGGCGGCGGCGGCGGCCGCGGCGGCUCUGGGCGCGCCCCGCUGGCGCUGCCGCCCUCUGCCCGCCCGCCCGCUCAGCGCCGCCGCUCGGCUCAGGGCUCCGCGCCCGCCGGGCACGGGCGGCGGGGGGCGGCGCAAGGGGGCGGGGGGCGCCGGCGGGCAUGAAGAAGAAGAAGAGGAGGAAGAAGAAGAGGAGGAGGAUGAGGCGGAGCUGGAGGAGCUGCUGGGCCCCUCUCCGCUGGCCCUGGAGCCCGGCGCGCAGCGCGUUGCCAUCGUGCACCCCGCGGUCAAGUGGGGCCCGAGGAAGUCGCCGCUCACCACGGCUGAAUUACAGAUUGCUGAGGCCGUCGCUCUUGUAGAUACUCUUCAGAAUUGGACAGUUUUAGAUAAAAUAAUUAUUCCUACAAAAAAUCCUGACAAGAAGUUUGUUUUUGGCAAAGGGAACUUUCAGGUUUUGACAGAAAAGAUUAAAAAAUUGCCACACCUGACAGCUGUCUUCUUGAAUGUGGAAAGAGUAUCUUCACUGACAAAGAAAGAACUAGAAGGUGCCUGGGGCGUGAAAGUCUUUGACAGAUACACCAUUGUACUUCACAUUUUUCGUUGUAAUGCCCGGACUAAAGAAGCAAAACUGCAGAUAGCUUUGGCCGAAAUUCCACUUCUCAGGUCAAAUCUGAAAAAUGAGGUGUCUCAGCGAGAUCAGCAGAGAGGUGGAUCAAGAUAUAUCAUGGGCUCAGGGGAAACAUUUCUGGAGACACAGAAUCGUAUCUUGAAAGAAAGAGAACUUAAAAUUAGGAAUGCCCUGGAGAAACUAAGAAGAAGAAGGUCUUUACUUAGAACUCACCGCAGAAAACGCGAGUUUCCAAUGAUCUCAAUCAUGGGCUAUACUAACUGUGGAAAAACUACUUUGAUCAAAGCCUUGACUGGGGAAGCAGGACUUCAACCCAGGGAUCAGCUGUUUGCUACUCUCGAUGUUACAGCCCAUGCUGGCUAUCUGCCUUCACAUAUGGCAGUUAUUUAUGUUGACACCAUUGGGUUCCUGACUGAUCUUCCACAUAAUCUGGUUGAGUCCUUUUCAGCUACGUUAGAAGAAGUGGCUUACACAGAUCUGAUAGUUCACGUGAGGGAUAUUACUCAUCCAGAAACCAUCCUCCAGAAAGCAACUGUUCUGUCAGUUCUGAAGAAUCUUAAUCUUCCCAGCCAUUUAUUGGACUCAAUAGUAGAAGUUCAUAACAAAGUGGACUUGAUAGAAAGGUAUAAACCCACAGAAGAAAACGCUUUAGCUAUUUCUGCUCUACAUGGGCAUGGUUUAGAAGAACUGAAACAAGAAAUAGAGAAGAAAAUACUGACAGCAACAGGGAAGAAGAUUCUGACAAUUAAUGUCAACUUAGAGGGACCUCAACUAAGUUGGCUAUAUAAAGAAGCAACAGUUCAGGAAGUAGAAGUCAUGCCUGAAGAUGGCACAGCCAGGGUGAAGGUGAUAAUCAACAGUUCUGCUUUUGGCAGAUACAAAAACCUCUUUCCCAACAGUAAGAUUUUCAUGUCAUGAAACUGAAUCCUUUUCUAGGAAAAGAAACUGGUAUCAUUAAGAGAAUGCAAAAUGAAGUUAAUGACCUGUUAGUCUCAGUGUUGAGAAGUUUAUUUUUCUUCCCCUGUUGAUGUUUUUGACACGUUUUAGAAAUGGACACUGUUUCAGAAAACUUCUGUUUGGAAACAAUAAGAGCUUUGAGCUUAAUUUUAUCAGCAAGUGCAAGGACAACACUAAAUUUUUAAUGUUAAAACUGUUGCUGGCUAUAAGCUGUGGACCUCAAACACAUGGAAUGGCAUCUGACUUAAUCUUCAGAAAAGUAACAAGUUCCUUAUAACAUAUAAGUAAAGCUUUUUAUCCCCUUUUUCAGAAUAAAAUAUUUAUUAUAGUUGUUUCAGAUGAUCUUUGGAAAAUGAAAGUAAGUGAACAAAAUGUUGUUGUAUAUAAAUAAGUAUGUAUUCAAGUAGAAUGCAUGAACAUAAACAAAAUAACUGCCAUGUCUUAUUGCAAUGAAGAAAAAACUCCAUAGAUUUGUAUAUUAAAGUAUUGAAUAAAGUUAGCUGUGAACAUCUUUUA